GACGUUCUUAUCCCAAAAGAAAAGCCAUGUAUAGUUGAUGAGAAAAUGAUGAUCAUCAUCAAAACUCCAAAAAAAGCCUCCACGUUUACAAUCAUCUGCCGCUUCCAUUUCCAAUAAUACCUACUCACUCACUCCUUCCUACACGCUUCACCUUCUUCCUUUCUAAUCCCUAAUAAUACCCAUUUUUAAUAAUAGUAAUAAUAAUAAUCAUAAUCAUAUGAUGAUCUCCAUGAAGCUUUCCUGAAUACCCAUUUUCAUAAUUUAUAUCUAUAUAUAUAGGUUAUAUAUAGUUUCUAAGAUUAUAUUCCAAUGGGGGGAGCUUGUUCUAGGAAAAGGGACCCACAAACCGUGGAAGAAAACGCCGUACAUGGAUCUGUUUCAAGAAGGUAUUCCAAAAGUGGAAGCUCAAAAUGGCUGGGAGGAGCGUCUUUCUCUCGAGCAUCUGUAGACAAUAAAGAUGGAAACCCAAUACCUCCGUCUCUUAUGGAAUUGUGCAUUUAUAAAAUUUCAGAAGAAAUUAGUCAGUAUGGUACCUUCUCUAUGCUCCCACGAGAUAUCAGCCAACAGAUUUUUAACGAAUUGGUUUAUUCUCAACGUCUUACCGAGGCUUAUCUUGAAGCAUUCCAAGAUUGUGCUCUGCAGGAUAUAAAUUUAGGUGAAUAUCCGGGGGUGGAUGAUACUUGGAUGGAUGUCAUCUCCUCUCAAGGGGCAUCUUUACUGUCUGCGGAUCUUUCUGGUUCAGAAGUUACAGAUUCUGGUUUGUUUCAUAUUAAAGACUGCAAGAAUGUUGAUGCCUUAAAUUUUAAUUUUUGUGACCAGAUUUCUGAUGUUGGACUUGGCUACAUUAACGGUCUUUCAAACUUGACAACUUUGAGUUUCAAGAGGAACAACAACAUUACCACCAAAGGCAUGAGUGCGCUUUCGGGUUUAGUUAACUUGUUGAAGUUGGACUUGGAAAGGUGCCCUGGAAUCCAUGGCGGUCUUGUUCAUCUAAAAGGUCUAAAAAAGCUCGAGGGACUUAACCUCAACUGCUGUAAUUGCAUCACCGAUACGGAUAUGAAGCCUCUAUCAGACUUAUCAAACCUGAAGGAGUUGCAAAUUUCCUGCAGCAAGGUCACAGAUCAUGGUGUCACAUUCUUGAAAGGUCUUCACAAACUUGAACUGCUGAAUAUGGAAUGCUGUCCUAUAACUGCAGCAUGUUUGGAUUCACUUUCAGAUCUUGGGUUUCUACUUUAUCUGAAUGUAAGCAGAUCUAAGCUUACCGAUGAUGGGUGUGAAAAGUUUUCAAAGAUGAAAUCUCUAAAAGUGCUGAAUUUGGGAUUCAAUGAUGUAUCGGGUGUUGUCCUGGCACACUUGAAAGGUUUGAUAAAUUUGGAGAGCUUGAAUCUUGAUUCAUGUGGAAUUAGGGAUGAAGGAUUGGUUCACUUGGCAGGUCUCAAUAAUCUGAAAUGUUUGGAGUUGUCUGACACACAAGUUGGAAACAAUGGUCUUCGUCAUCUAUCUGGUUUGGUGAAUAUUGAAAGUUUAAAUCUUUCGUUCACUGUUAUUACUGAUGGAGGUUUAAGAUACUUGGCCAAAAUGUCAUCUCUUAGAUCACUUAAUUUGGAUGUUCGUCAAGUUACAGAUGCUGGACUUGCAGCUCUUGCAAGUUUGACUGGAUUGAUUCAUUUGGAUCUCUUUUGUGCAAAAAUAACAGAUACUGGAACAAAUCAUCUGCGCAAUUUUAAAAAGUUGCGAUCUCUAGAAAUUUGUGGUGGGGGAUUAACCGAUGCUGGUGUGAAGAACAUCAAGGAUCUUAAAUCUCUAAUGAUUUUGAACCUGUCCCAAAACAGCCACCUGACGGAUAAAUCUCUAGAAUACAUUUCUGAAUUGACAGAGUUGGUCUCGUUAAAUGUCUCAAGUUCACGGGUAACAAGUACAGGAUUGAAGCAUCUAACAAGUCUGAAGAACUUGAAAUCACUGAGCUUGGAAUCAACCAAGGUGACUGCAAAUGAUAUAAAAAAGCUUCUUAUAUCUCACCUCCCGGAUUUGAUGUCAUUUAGGCCUGAGUAGCUCCUGAAAGAAGAUUGUCUUCUGUAGAUAAAGAUGAUUUGUCAAAUUGUUAAUAUCGUCUUAUUUGUCUAUGACUGUUCUGGGCUUGAAGGUCGUUAUGGCGUAAUAAUUUGGAAUGCAUGUGGCAUGACAUGUAUGGUGAAAGCAUUUUCUUUCAUGAGGAUGGGAGUUGUAAUGUAAAUAAAACGCAUCCUUCACUACCAUCUCUCUUUAGUUUUCAUUUCAAUGUGGUUUUGGUAAUGAUCGUAAGGUUCUUGUAAAUAUGCUGGGAUGAUUUGUUUAUAAAAAGCCAAACCUUUUUAUUUUUUUUUUA